CUCCUCUCCUUCAUGACAGGUUGUUUGAGCUCCUUCAAAGUGACAGGAUACUCUGGAGGAACUGUCAUCAUCUACUGUGAAUAUUCCAUAGAAGAAAGAAGUUUUGAGAAAUAUUUCUGUAUGGGAAAGUAUAGUUCAAGUUGUAAGGAUACAAUCAAAACUGGAUUGAAGAACACCUGGCGGCACAGUGGUAGAUUCUCUCUGUAUGACAACACAGAAGGAAACGACUUCAAGGUGAUCAUCAGACAACUGACUAAACAAGAUGAAGGGACCUACUGGUGUGGAGUGGACAAACCUAAUGCAAUUGACAGUUACACCAAGGUAGAGCUGGAUGUGAAGACUGAUGACUGCUGUGAGAAGUCAGUCACAGAGACGGUCUAUCUGGGAGGAGAAGCUACCAUCAGCUGCAACUAUCCAGAGGACUGCGAGGACAGCACCAAGCAUUUCUGCAAGGAGCACGAUUUUUUCAUCUGCAAUUCCAUGAACUCCAACAACAACAAAAUGUAUGACAACAGAACAGAGAAAUUCUACUCAGUGACCAUCAGUGACCUGACAGAAGAUGAUACUGGGACCUACUGGUGUGGAGUAGAAACAGGAAAGAGAAAGGAAAGUUACAUCGCACUGAUCACACAGGUGAAGCUACGUGUUAUAAGUGAGUAUAAACAAGACUUCUAUUUCUUUAGCAUGUGUACCCAAAACACACACGUUACAGUCUUGUAAGAAAGUAGUUUAAUUGAAAUCAUAAUUGCAUUCAUUGUUUUAUGUCAUUCACGUUUGAUGUAUUUGAUAACGUUCCAUCUAUUCCAUUCCAGCCGUUGUGGUUAGCCCGUCCUCCUAUAUCUCUGUCCACCAGCCUCCUCUGCUUCCCAUGCUGUACACCUGCAGUAACUAUGUACUGUAUGACCACGUAAAU